GAUCAAUGACAAAGACUCCACAGAUGUUACUGGCACAGCUAUGAACCAAAGGAAUAAAUUUAAUUUAAAAUUUGAAGUGAUGAUGCUGCUUGAUGAAAAAUGAGGGGACAACCAAUGCUGUUACAGCUCAUCCUCUGGGGGAAAAUGAAUGUAUUUACCAGAUUAUAUCUAAUCUGAUAUUUAUGGAUACACUUGUUUGGAUACUUUGACCUGCCGGUGGCGUUAGAGGAGAAGGCAAUGCAUCCCACAGUUCAACUGAAUUACUAAAUUAAUAGAGUACUCUAAGCUUAAAUGAGUUAUUGUGGGAUUUCCAAAACCACAUUCUGUUGAUGCUAACAAGCUGGGAACAUGUUUACAGUCAGAAUAUAACCCCACAUUAGACUACGACGACUGAUCCAGAGAUCUAAACAGCAGCCUUUAAUUCCUGAACACAUUCAAGGGGAUCCAAACGACGACAGGCUCCAGUUCUCUGAAGCUACUGUUUUACACUAAUACCUCCUCGACAGCUGCUGUUCGGAUAGAUAACUCCUUCAUGAAAUGACACAGGCUUCCCCGUGGGAUCUGAGGGCUGGGCUAUUACUGCUCAUUUCCGAUAAUGCUCUUGAUUUGGCUGUAAGGCUGCAGUAUGCGACAGGGAAAUUGCCUGUUUCCCUGCUCCUCUUUAAAGAGCCCUGAAAAAAAUAACAAUGAAACCAUCAGAGUCUAGUGAGAGAUAUGACUAAGCUGACUGGAGGCAUGUUGGAAAAUAAUUUGCUGACAAAAGAAGAGAGCUUAUUUUCAACAAAGAGAUAAAAGUAAUGAGACAGAAAACAUUUAAUGUAACAGAACUAUUGAAUUAGUUUUGCAUUCGAGCAGCAACUAAUUAGUCUUUCAUACAUUUAUUUAUGCCUGUAAGGUGUUGAAUUUGUGGACUGAUCAAAAUACUGGAAGGCAUUCUCGGUGAAUAAAUCCAGUAAGGAUGCAGAGUUAGAACAGGAUUAAUUAUCAUGAGCAGUUAUCUCAGUCAUACAAAAGCGACGUAGAUCAAAGCACAGAGAGUGGAUGGAUUCUCUCUUUCUUUGCUUCAUGAUGAAUAAUUAGAGGCCACUGUUUCUGAAGGAAGCCCUCAGAGCUUGAAAGCAUAGCGUUCAGACAACAAAGCUUGGUUUAACAGCGGAUCUCAAGCAGUGAUAACAAUAUACUUUAAGGACUGCUGUGCAUGCAAGCGAUAACCCUGGUGUCAAGGAGAUCAUAUUUUAUUAAAUAUGUUCUACGAGAGGGGAAACAGCGAGGAAGAAAAAUGCAGUUUAAAGUGUUGAACACACACAGGUAAACUAGUCAAACUGCUGAAGCAUUCUUAAUAUCUGGUCUCAACAGGCAUCUGCUGUGGCUUUACUUAUUCAUCAGGUCUGAUUGAGGGCAAGACAAAUUUGAGAGCACAUUACAUGCAAAGCAGAGGAAACCAAAAACGACCUCCAGGUUAGCAUCGCUUCGUUCCAGGCGAAUGAUUGGUGGGACGUUGGCUCCUCAUGUCCCCUGGCAGGCCAUGGUCUACAUCGCUGACAGUGUUCUGGAUGGAGGCUAUGCAGGUGGUGCUCUCAUCUCCGACCGCUGGGUUUUGACAACUGGCAGGAACCUUUUUGUCAGAAAGAGUCGACAGGACAUUCAUGGAAAAGAUCCUGUCCUUCCCAAAGUGUACCUGGGAAUCUCACAACGGGCCGAAGCUAACGCCUCCAAAGAGGUCCAUGUAGAGAAGGUUGUUCUCCAUCCAGGCUUCCAGAAUCAAUCUGACUGGGACAACGACCUGGCUCUGAUCCAGCUGAAGGAGCCUGUGGUGAUGAGCAAUAAAGUGACCCCAAUCCCCCUGCCGGAGAGAGGCCAGGACCUGGCAGACGUCGUGGGAGGCUCUGGGGUCAUCACCGGCUGGGGCUGGGGGAUCGACCUCAACCUUGCUACAUCACUCAAACAUCUUGUACUCCCCCUGGCCAAUCACUCCGACUGUCGGGCGGAAUAUGAACAUUUUGCAUUCACGCCAGCUGUAGACGACAACAUGUUCUGCACCGGACCCACAAAGUAUGAGGAAAAUGUUUGUUUUGGUGAUGCAGGAGGCGCUCUGGCUGUCACGGAUGCUGAAACGGGGGACAUUUACGUUGCGGGGAUCCUUUCCUAUGACAAGUCCUGCAGCAGGUACAAGUACGGAGUUUAUAUGAAGAUUUCCUCAUACUUGCCCUGGAUCCACAGUGUCAUCAGAGGAGAUACAGAGAAAUCGUCUGCUCUGCGCUCUGAUGCAAUGUCAAAGAUGUACUCAUGGCAGCCAUAGAGCUUCAGACUCGGUUCUUUUGAGUUUGGAGAGAAAUCAUCUGUAAGAUAUUGAGUCGUUUUACAGAAUGUAAUCAUGUCUGUGUUCUACCACUUUGUUACUCUGACUGGAAAAGUUUUCUAUAAUAAACAAAAAUUGCCCACCAAAAAAAACCCGAUUAGUAUCAGUUUCAGGAAAUGGCCAAAAACCACAUGUAUUUUGUGAGAUCCAUUCAAAAGUGAUCCUCAAGACACGUGUGCAGGCAUGUUAUAACAGCAGGUGUGAAGUGAGGGAUCCAGGACACGUGUUGUUAAUAUUAGGUCAGAACAGACUCAAAGUGUCGUUUUGGGGGACAAUUUAAAAAGAUUAUUUUGUAGUUUAGUUUUGAGAAAGAGUUGACGCUCAGAGCGAACUGCUGUGUCCGCAUGUGAUGUUUCGCUGUUAGACAGAUAACUUUGCAAAGAGAACUCGAGAGCUUCAAAAGUUCAGACGACAUUUCAUCAUGUGCAAUCUUCAGCGUAAAAGAAGAAGUUGACGAUGGAAUAAAAGUGAAUGACACAACUCAAAA